AUGCUACGAAGAGAAAAUCUACAGAAACAUAUUGACCUGAAAGAUUCAAACAUUUGUAUUUCUCCUUCUGCUUCUCUGCACCUCCUGCUCCUCUGGCCCUCUGCUCCUCUGCUCCUCUGCUCCUCUACCCCUCUGCUCCUCUACCCCUCUGCUCCUCUGCUCCUCUGCUCCUCUGGCCCUCUGCUCCUCUACCCCUCUGCUCCUCUGCUCCUCUACCCCUCUGCUCCUCUGGCCCUCUGCUCCUCUGCCCCUCUGCUCCUCUGGCCCUCUGCUCCUCUGGCCCUCUGCUCCUCUGGCCCUCUGCUCCUCUGCCCCUCUGCUCCUUGGCCCCUCUGCUCCUCUACCCCUCUGCUCCUCUGGCCCUCUGCCCCUCUACCCCUCUGCUCCUCUGGCCCUCUGCUCCUCUGCUCCUCUACCCCUCUGCUCCUCUGGCCCUCUGCUCCUCUACCCCUCUGCUCCUCUGCUCCUCUACCCCUCUGCUCCUCUGGCCCUCUGCUCCUCUGCCCCUCUGCUCCUUGGCCCCUCUGCUCCUCUACCCCUCUGCUCCUCUGGCCCUCUGCUCCUCUACCCCUCUGCUCCUCUGGCCCUCUGCUCCUCUGCCCCUCUGCUCCUCUGCCCCUCUGCUCCUCUGCUCCUCUACCCCUCUGCUCCUCUGGCCCUCUGCUCCUCUGGCCCUCUGCUCCCCUGCCCCUCUGCUCCUCUACCCCUCUGCUCCUCUGGCCCUCUGCUCCUCUGCCCCUCUGCUCCUCUGCUCCUCUACCCCUCUGCUCCUCUGGCCCUCUGCUCCUCUGGCCCUCUGCUCCUCUGCCCCUCUGCUCCUCUGCUCCUCUGCCCCUCUGCUCCUUGGCCCCUCUGCUCCUCUACCCCUCUGCUCCUCUAGCCCUCUGCUCCUCUACCCCUCUGCUCCUCUGGCCCUCUGCUCCUCUGCCCCUCUGCUCCUCGGCUCCUCUGCCCCUCUGCUCCUCUACCCCUCUGCUCCUCUGCUCCUCUGGCCCUCUGCUCCUCGGCUCCUCUGGCCCUCUGCUCCUCUGGCCCUCUGCUCCUCUGGCCCUCUGCUCCUCUGGCCCUCUGCUCCUCUGCCCCUCUGCUCCUCUGGCCCUCUGCUCCUCUACCCCUCUGCUCCUCUGCUCCUCUACCCCUCUGCUCCUCUGGCCCUCUGCUCCUCUACCCCUCUGCUCCUCUGCUCCUCUACCCCUAUGCUCCUCUGGCCCUCUGCUCCUCUACCCCUCUGCUCCUCUGCUCCUCUACCCCUCUGCUCCUCUGGCCCUCUGCUCCUCUGCCCCUCUGCUCCUCUGCUCCUCUUCCCCUCUGCUCCUCUACCCCUCUGCUCCUCUGGCCCUCUGCUCCUCUGGCCCUCUGCUCCUCUACCCCUCUGCUCCUCUGACCCUCUGCUCCUCUACCCCUCUGCUCCUCGGCUCCUCUGCCCCUCUGCUCCUCUACCCCUCUGCUCCUCUGCUCCUCUGGCCCUCUGCUCCUCGGCUCCUCUGCCCCUCUGCUCCUCUACCCCUCUGCUCCUCUGCUCCUCUGGCCCUCUGCUCCUCGGCUCCUCUACCCCUCUGCUCCUCUGCUCCUCUGGCCCUCUGCUCCUCGGCUCCUCUGCCCCUCUGCUCCUCGGCUCCUCUGCCCCUCUGCUCCUCUACCCCUCUGCUCCUCUGCUCCUCUGCUCCUCUGGCCCUCUGCUCCUCGGCUCCUCUACCCCUCUGCUCCUCUACUCCUCGGCCCCUCUGCUCCUUGGCCCCUCUGCCCCUCUGCUCCUCGGCCCCUCUGCUCCUUGGCCCCUCUGCUCCUCUACCCCUCUGCUCCUCUACCCCUCUGCUCCUCUGGCCCUCUGCUCCUCUACCCCUCUGCUCCUCUGCCCAUCUGCUCCUCUACCCCUCUGCACCUCUACCCCUCUGCACCUCCUACUCCUCUACCCCUCUGCUCCUCUACCCCUCUGCUCCUCUACCCCUCUGCUCCUCGGCCCCUCUGCUCCUCGGCCCCUCUGCUCCUCUACCCCUCUGCUCCUCUGCCCCUCUGCUCCUCUGCACCCCUCAGUUCUGA